AUGGCAGCAAGGUACGGGUUUCAGCCAGACCAGGACAGGCCACACCUUUACGCUUUAGUCGUCGAGAUCAUCAUUGACUUGUCACUACACACCACCUUGUUCAGCUGGCCUUCCCUCCAGUCACACACACGCGCACUCACACACUCUGUCGCCGGCUCUUCCUUCGUUGGCCCAACUGAGUUGGAGGCUCGUAUAGAUACCCAAGGCCUCCCGCCACGCUUUUGCGGUUACAGUGAAUCACCUUUCACACUCGCUGCCUAUACCACGCACACUGGCAUCUCGCCAUAUUUUAUCAUUUGCCACCUCGACCUUCUUUCGCUGACCAGUCAUUGCAAUUUGAUAAAACCUCACUGUUCGGAGCGAUCCGACAAGCGACCCGUCCACGUCCGGGAUAAUCAAAGUAGCAAGGGGCCAUUGAAAGAAAACCAGCAGCGGUCGGCUGCGGCGCCAGGACGUGCCACGAUGCAUGGCGCUGCGACCGAGCAGAAACGCAGACCCGAGAACGUAAAACGUCCGACACGGAGCGAAGACCAAAAUUCGUGCUCUGCGACCGGACAAAUUGGUCCUGGAAGCACAGGAGCUGAGAAGCACCCCCCAAUCGACAAUUUCUCGAUCCAAUUCCAUUCCAUUCCAGGACGCAUUAGGCCAAGGGCCGAAAGGGAAGGGCCGAGAAAGACAAGAAGGAAAAAAAAGCAAAUUAAAGGAAAGGGGAAAAGGACACCGCUGCGUUCCGCCAUACCGUACCUCGAGCUACCACGCGAAGGCGCUUUGAAACACUCUCCAGACAGACAAACCGACGACGACAGGGGCGAAAUUGGCCAUUCGGAAACGACAGCAUUUCGCAUUGCUCUGCACCGCCAUUGGCAUUGCCCAUCCAGUUCCACCACGCACAUCAAGCGAACGAUCGACGGCCUCCACGUCCUAGCCCUUCCGGGCCCACCACCAACCGCCCGCAAACGCGCCAACUACGUCGCAUUCGAUCAUCGAUCAACAGGCAAUAUCAAACAUAAUACCCAGUUUACUCGUUUUUUGUUACGAAACGUCCGAAGAAGGCUACAGAACGUCAGAUUCAGAAGCAACGGCUUGAUUGCCCUCAAAGGACCCUCCCCCUUCUCACCUAAGGCUCAGGCCGAUGGGAACCCUGCCAGCUUGCCCGCACCCUGCUGCAACUGCCGGCAAGAACCACAGCCGGCCAAGCUAGUUUUGCUUGAGAAAAAUCCUUACAUCCUUAUAUCGGAACACACGUCAAUUCUUCAACCUGGGCAGAAAGAAUUUGGCAGCAAACAGCAGGAGAAGAACCAGCCGGCGGAAAAAGAAACCCAACGGCAACAUCACAUCACCAAGACACUCAUCAACAAGCAGGAGGCGCUUGCCGUCUGGGCAGACCCAGUUUACAGCACCAGGACAGCACUUGCUGGCCCCGGCGUCCCUGAGCGUCCCAGCCCCCCAGUCACCACUUUUUCCCCUACGUCGCCGGACCUGACUCCAGCGUCCGACCACCCCAUCGAAAAAAGACCGCUUUUUCAGCAAACAUCCUGGCGUCGCUCGCCCGAAGUUGUCUUCCCAAAAUCCCAUCAGAAUCCAUCCGAGACAAGAUACACCAAGCUUGCAGCAAUACCUCGCUGCAUAAGGUACUCCGUACCAAGGAUCGAAACAUCGGCCCAAAAAAAAGGCAAGGUACGUACCGAAUUGUCCGUGAGCACCCUCCAUCGCACCAACACCUGCACCUGCACCUGCAAUUGUUCCCGUUCCCGUACCCUCAGCUGGGGUUUGUCGUUGUCAUUGGUGUUUCUGUGGCCAUCUCAUUGGAUCGCUGUUGUCGUCGGCCCACCUGGGCAGCUUCAUCGGCUGGGAGUUGUUGCCGUUGCCGUUCGUACCAAGUCAAGUGCCUUCCAGGUUGUCGACUCAACCUCACCCCCAGCCACAUUCGAGACACCCAGUUCCCUGCUUUCCUGCCCCCUUGCGACAGUAUCUGAGAAAGAAAGAAAAAACAUCUCCCAAGCACACAAGCACCUCAACUUGCUCUCGAACUGCUUGUUCUCCGUCCCCGAAGAUUUGCUUCUCAUACAAACACACAUCGUCAACAAGUGGAACACUGGAAACAGCCCGCUGUCGGCAGAAACACCACACUCAGGCAUACGGCACACCCCAAACCCCCUUCCCUUCCACUAUUCUGCCCCUUCCAACGCUCCACCGCGCUCCAUCAUCUCACGCUCACCCCUGGAAAACGCAACCUUGGCCGCCUCGCUAGCGACCUCUGGGAACCGCCCGCCCACUCUUCCCCUUGCUGACCCGCGAUAA